AUACCCCCAGAAAGUCACCGUCUGACCGCAGAAAGUAGAGUGACCUUUGGCCCCGCCAAGUGACCGACGGCGCCAAAAUUAAGUUUCCGCGAAUAUAUCAAUCAGUCACUGACAUAAACUACGCACCAUGCCCGUAACUAAUCGAGGUGUAACACAACUUACACCUGACACCACCACCUCAACGUCAACUCACAGCAACUACUUGAACAAGUCGUCUUCCUCCUUUCAAACUCUUCAAGCUGGCCUCGCAAUCUUUGCUGUUGCUGUCAUCGCACGCUUUUGCGUUUUGCGACUCUACCUAUGGUUGCGACAGAUGCGCGGCUUGGAUCAGCAAACCCUACCCAUCUCAUCAUUGUCGCAUACUCGACGGCUUCAGUCGCAACCCUUUUGGGCUAUGAAUGAGAAGACUAUGACGCCGCCUGCUAACCAGGAGGAUAUGGCCCCUGAGCAUAUGUUGCAUGCCAAGCAAACAGACAAGAAACUGGUCAUCGACCCCAACUGGCAGAGUACAGACAAUCUCAUGUCCAGACAUGUCAUGUCGCGACCACCUCCUGCACCACCUCUGACGCCGCCUGAGCUGAGCACAGCCGUCUUCACUUUUGAUGACCGCCCACGACCAGGCGAAGAUAGUUUUAUUCGUCAGCCUAACCCGGAUUACAUGUCGUCGACAGCCAACACUGUUCUGCCUGACAACUCAACAUCAACGUCGGUCACCCGCCGGCGCUCUUACAAUAAGACCCUUCCUAUCGGAGUGCCCGUACCUCAGUCAUCUCAAGGGAUGUCGGAUGCUGCCGAUCUGACUUUUUCGCCCAGUUCCUACCCACCUGCAAGCCCGUUGCUUCCACCGGCCCCACCCAACGCAGGAACCGUGGAGAUCGGCGUCCAGGGCGAGAUUAUUGGUGUUCUCGACUCCGAAGGCGCCGGAUGGACGAGACAUACGCGUGUCUAUGGCGGCGGAGUCUGCCUUGCAUGUGCGGCCUCCGGUGGCAAUCACGGGGGCGGUUUCUACGGAGCAACAGUCCGGCCUGAGGAGAUGCGAUGACGGGUUGACAGUUUCGUAACGACCAUGUGUACUACUUUCAGUUGACUUUCCCGACCAAACGUGAUUGGCACUUUUGGUCUGGCAUAGGGGCCCAUGUGUAACGACCGUUUACGACUUAUGUUAGAGGUGGACGUGGUGCAACAACUGCGCUUCUGGGCAAAA